AUGGAAACAUUAGCUGGAGUGUUAAAUGCUCUCAUAAAUACUACAAUAAACAAGGAUAACGAAGAAAACUUAAUGAAUGUUAAACUUAUUGCAGGAGUUUUGAAGUUCAGUUAUGCGAAGGAGUUUAAGAUACCAAGAAUGAGUCAUAGAGUACAACUUCUUUUGGGAGCAUACCAUAUGACAUUUCCUUUGAAAAGUGUUGACAAAACGAUUGAGAUGAAAUCUGUUCCAUACGUAUGUUAUGGUAAUUGUUUGUACAUUGAGUCAAAAAUAGCUAAUGUCACAGGUAUUUCAGGAGUUAAUAGUAAAGGUUCAGUAGAAUAUAAAUCCUUCUGUUAUGCAGUCAAUUCAAUGUUCAUUCCAAACGUUCCUGUCAUAGCAACUCAUUUAGGUAAAUGGGUUCGCAUUAGUCCUCAUAAUUUGAAAGACAUGCAAUUCAGACUUGUUGACUUUCAAGGAGAGCCUGUAGAACUGAAGGCACCAGUGCGAAUGACUGUUGAAGUUGACUUUUUAGAAAAUAUUAAAUGCAACAGCUUACAAGAGAACU